CCGGUGUUUUUAAUUAACUCGUGCAUUUUUUAUUUAUGUUUUCUUGUAAUGUUUCCUGAACCAGUAGCGUCUGUACCGUUCGACGAAGCGGUCUUAAUCAGCAGGACUAAGCGAAUAAGGAAAUGGCGUUGCAAUUCGUCAUACUUCUAUUAGUUUCGAGUUUGGUGGCAGCUCAAAGGCCUUUCUUCGCGGGAUUCAGACCAAUAGGAUACCCUACCACUGCACCUACUACUACGUCAAGUGAUCUAGCAAAUCGAUUUGAUGGAAACAAUGAGACCACGACAACUCAGAGACUGCCAAUUGAAGCUCUUGGUGACAAAGAUCUGGUUGAUCGCCUGAGUAAACUACCAAAGGACCAACAGCCCUUUUGGCUACUGAACUGGCAAGCCCUGGAGGAUAUGAGGAAGAAUCCACAAACAUACCCUCAUAGACCCAGUCAUUUUAGUCAACCCUUGGAUCCUGCCUUCAGUGAAAGUCUUACUCCGUCUAAUGGUAAUCCAUCUGGUUUUUCCAGUAGUAGUCAAUUUAGCAGUGGUACAUCCGGAUCUAAUUUUGGAACCGCUAACUCUGGAGCAACAAACGUUGAAUUUGUACCUUUCAACGCGAACCCAGAAAAUGUAAUUCCAAACCCAAGUACUACUACUACCAAUGUGUUUGAAAACAGAUUUGGUGACGAUGAUACGAGUCUUGAAACGCCUCGUAUUACCCCAAGACCAGUGCUAAAACCCACGUACCCUAUAUAUGCACACGUCGAUGAUGUUCUUGCUAACAAAUAUGUUCCCAGCCAAACCAGUCAAUCUGGAAGUUUAAAAGCUACUUGGAAUAAACCUGCAAGCGAUAAUCGUGUAAAAGAAAAUCGACAAUUAGCACUACACGAUUAACAAGAUUAACGGACACUGAUUAC